CCCCCAAAUUUCCUUUCAUUUCCUCUGUUUCUCUCUCUCUCUCUCUCUCUCUCUAUAAAUACCCACACUCCUUCCCCAAUCACACAACUCCUUCUCUCUCUCUCUCUCUCUACAAUGGCGCCAGCUUCAUUCUGGAACUCAUCCAAAACCGUCUGCGUCAUGGACGCCUCCGGCCGCCUCGGCUCCGGCCUCGUCCACCGCCUCCUCCGCCGCGGCUACACCGUUCACGCCGCCGUCUACAGCCACGAGGAGAUGCAGCGCUACAAGAGGCAAUCGGUGGAGAAGGAGGAUCUGAGAGUGUUUCAUUCGGAUCCACUGGAUUAUCACAGCAUUUUGGAUGCGCUCAAAGGCUGCUGCGCCUUGUUCUACUCAUUCGAGCUCCCCUCCGAUCACCCUACCUACGAUGAAUUUAUAGGUGAAUUGGAAGUAAGAGCGGCCCACAACGUGUUGGAGGCAUGUGCCCAGACGGACACCAUCGACAAGGUUAUCUUCACGUCGUCCGCGACCGCCGUCGUGUGGAAGGAACACGAUGAAGGCCAUGCGUCCGAUGUCGACGAAAGAAACUGGAGCGACGUCAACUUCUGCAAGAAGUUUAAGUUAUGGCAUGGGCUGUCGAAGACUGUGGCCGAGAAGACGGCGUGGGCAUUGGCGAUGGAUCGGGAGGUGAACAUGGUGUCGAUAAAUGCUGGGCUAUUGAUGUACCCCGAUUUGAGCAUCAAGGACCCCUACUUGCUCGGGGCCGCCGAGAUGUUCAAGGACGGCGUCCUCGUCACCGUCGACCUCGAGUUCCUCAUCGAUGCACACAUCUGCGUCUUCGAGGACGUCACCUCGUACGGCCGGUACCUGUGCUUCAACGGCAUCGUCAACUGCAACGACGACGUGGUGAAGCUGGCGAAGAUGCUCUUGCCAUCGUCGUCGUCACAAGACAUGUUCAACGACGAAAGCGUGCACCAACAGAGGAUAAGCAACGGCAAAUUGCGCAAGUUGAUGGUGGAUUUCAAGAGUGGAUUACAAGUCACAAGCAAAGAUGAAUGAAUCGAUUGAUUGCAUUGUUUUGUUAGAGGGAAUAGAGGAAAAGUAUGGACAGUUUGCAAGAAAGAAGAUGAUGCACUGGCAUUGUACAUUGCAUAUGUUCAGUAAAAAUGAACAAAAUCAAAGUCUUAGAUAUCCUAGAAUAUUUUCUAGCUCAAA